ACGCUCGCGACGCUAUGUUCACGUGCCUCACUUGGGCUCUGUGUUUUGUUCCUGCAAUAGUUGUAUCGCGUCGGUCGCGCGUACCUUGAGGAAAAAAUUUCUGGGAGGACGAUGACACGCAGCAUCUCACGAAGUAGCGUCCGAUGGGUGACUCGAACUAGGUGAUACGACGACGCGGCUACGAAGAGACAUUUACCGAUCGUGUUCACAUUAGCAGAAUAAGGAACACGGGUUAAAUGCCCUUACGCAAGGUGCUACUGAACCUGACACUCCUUGCAUUGCUCCUGGUGGCCUUCUACUACUAUCAGACAUCCAAUGGUGGACAUUGGAUUGUGCCUAAUCCACAAGUCAGAAAUGCAACCUUGGCAAAUUUUACAUCCGCCUUAGCAGUGGCCAGUGACACCACUGAUAUCAGUUAUUCAUCCUCAAUAGCUAAUAUUUUACAGCGAAAGGAUACAAAUUACUACAAUAUCUGGUGCAUCUUCACCAAAGUUACUUCAAACUCACCCAUGGAACACAAAUUCCAGAUAUUUACAGACUCCUUGCUCAGACUGACUUCUGUGGAUGUUGCAUUUCAUGUGAUAAGUGAUGAUGACAGUCGAAACAAAGCAGAAACUGUUAUUCAAAAUGUUAUGAGUGGAACUAGGAAGUUUAUGAAGGUAUUUUAUUACGAUGUGCACAAACUGGCUGCUCAACUGGAGGAUAUCGUGUCGAUUAUGUCCCCGCACUUCAGCAGCAAUCCAGGAACAUACUAUUCCGAUGCGUUGUUCUUCCUGUCGUUGGGAUUGCACAGAAUUGCACCCAGCGAUCAGAAGCUUGCCGCGAUGUUCGACGCGGAUAUGAAAUUCCGCCGAGACGUGAAAGAUCUGUUCGAGGAGUUCAAUAACUUCGACAAGGAAGCCCUAUUCGGCCUGGCGCCAGAGCUCAGUCCAGUUUACCGCCAUGUUUUGUCCUCAUAUCGUAAUAAUCACCCGCAUACUUUGUUCGGCGAGUCUCGUCACAAAGGCGGAUAUCCUGGCUACAACAGCGGAAUGGUGCUCUUCAAUUUGGAAAAAUUACGGAAGUCGCGCGCCUACAACGAGAUCGUUAGUAAGGAGAGUGUGGAUGCAAUAACGGAGAAGUAUCGCUUCAAGGGCCACUUGGGCGAUCAAGAUUUCUAUACGCUUCUAGGUAUGGAAAAGCCGGAGCUCAUCUACACUGUCGAUUGCGGAUGGAACAGGCAGCUCUGUACCUGGUGGCGUGACCACGGCUACGCGGAUGUAUUUGCAAACUAUUCUGAAUGUCAUUCGGAGACUAAGCUGUGGCAUGGAAAUUGCAAUACUCCCAUACCUGAUGAUUAGUAGUCCAUAAUCCUUUACGGUACGCUCUUUGAAUAUCGAAUAUAUAAAAAGUCCUCUAAUUUAGGUUUAAUGUAAAAAAUGGUGCUAAGAGACGUAAAGCGGGAAUCUACAGACUGAAAACAUUACGAAAUUCUGCAUGAGAUGAUAUAAGACAAUUCGUUUGUAUGUCAAUUGAUUUAAACCAUUCAAGUUUAAACCAUUCCGCCCGAGAUAAUAAUUAGAGAAAAAAAUAGAAAAUAUAUUAUUUUUUAAUUUUCUAAGAUUAAAUAGUUCAUUGGAGGAGAGAAUUUCGUUAAUAAGAUAUAAUAGUAAGACAUAGUUAUAUUGAAAAAAAGAUAGAACAUGAAAAAUUAGAGUUCCGCUUAUAUAUAAUAUUUUAUAUAUAUAUAUAUAUAUAUAUAUAUAUAUAUAUAUAUAUAUAUAUAUAUAGGGUGUUC